UUAAAUUGCUGAAUACUGUUGUUUUUAAUUGUAUAAUACAAAUUUUGGUAUCUAAAUGAAAAGUUUUAUUUCUAGAAGAGAUGGAUACUGAAGAUAUAGAAUUAAGUGAAGAUGAAGAAGAAAUUACAGCUGAGACUGUUUUAAAAACUCUUCAAAAUGCUUGGCAAAAUGAGCGUUUGUCUCCAGAAAUACUUCCCCAUCAUAACGACAUGGUCGAAUGUAUGCUAGGACAAAUACAACAUAUGGAGCGAAAUAUUAAUAAACUACCCAAAACUGAUUUACGCUCAUGCAUUCAUAAAAUGGAAUUAAAUAGAAUUAAGUAUAUUAUUUGUAAUUAUCUUAAAACUAGGUUAAAUAAAAUAGAAAAUUACUGCAUUGCCAUAGUCAAUGAGGAAAAGCAACGAAUAGAGUCUGGAACAAAUUAUUUAACGCCUUCUGAAUUUAGAUACGCCCAAGAAUAUGUAUUGAAUAUGGAGAACCAUUUAAAAAAUACUGUACUUGAUCAUGUUCCGGGAAAUAUGCAAACAUUUGAAUUCAAUAAAAUGGCUAUUUAUCCAAAUUAUCAAUCUCAUGUCUUUCUUAAGGCUAAUGAAACGGUAAAUGGUAUUGUACUAGAAGACCUACUAGGUGACCAAGAUGAAGAGAUAGACUUAGAAGAGGGUUCACAGCAUAUACUGCAAUACAAACCGAUAGCAGAUUUAGUAAAAAAUGGCAAAGUACAACUUGUAUAAUUUAGUAUAUAAAAAAUAAAAAUUGAAAAAAUUUGUU